AAGCGUUUGGAAAAGGCCUCUCUCGGAGAUUUUAGAAAGAUAUCAUCUGGUUUGGAUAGCUCUUCAAAACGCACUGUAGUCUCCAAAAGGGAUAGGAUUCGUUAAUCAGUAAAGAGUUUCGAUGUGGAAAAUGCAACUGAUGUAAAAGUGACCUUUUCCAAAUCUUUCUCAAGAUGGUUGUGUUCCUUUCUGCAGAGCACGAGGCGAAUUUUGCAGCCGUCGAAGGUUGUCGAAUACAACAGCAAUUGGGAUAUUUGUAAACGAAUAUGUUGAUUUCUUGGAGGACAGCAUGUGAACGAUUCAUUUUACUCAGUCUUGAAGCUUAGUCAAGAAUGGCCAAGGGAAUACUUGAUCCUCAGGAUACAAGUGCAGUUGUCUUAACAAAUGGUGGGUAGAGGAAAGCAUGACCUCUAAGAGACAGGUGUCCUGUCUGGCAGUGCACACUUGGGGUCUCCUGAGUAAGGAAUCCCCGCUACAGCGCUCUUGCCACGUGUCGCGGGGGCGCCUCUACAGCAUCUGCCUCCUGGCCUUCCUCACGUCUUUCUUCCUCGCUCUGCACCUAGUCUUCCUCGGAUACCCACGGACACCCUUGCUCUGCCUGGAUUCGUACAAAGGGAACGCUUACAGGGCGGACGAGGAGGCAGUGGAAAGCAUGAGAGAUCGGGUUCGAUUCCCUCGCACCAAGCGACGACUUCCGCAGUGCAUUAUUAUCGGCGUACGAAAGUGUGGUACUCGAGCGCUCUUGGAAUUCCUUAAUUUGCAUCCAUCCAUUCAGAAAGCAUCGGACGAGGUUCACUUUUUCGACGAGGAUGACAAAUACAGUCUGGGGCUGGAGUGGUACCGUCGACGGAUGCCGUAUUCCUUUGCUGAUCAAAUCACCAUUGAGAAGAGCCCCGCUUAUUUCAUCACCGAAGCAGCCCCUGCGCGGAUUCGCGCUAUGAAUGCCAGCGUGAAACUCCUCUUGAUCGUGCGGGACCCCGUGACUCGCCUCAUUUCGGAUUACGCCCAACUGGCUGCCAAUAAGGCUCGAAAAGACAAGGCUCUGGCUUCCUUUGAAGAUCUCGUCCUCCAGCCCAACGGUCAAGUGAACACGGCUUACAAGGCUGUACGCAUCAGCAUGUAUUCCAUUUUCUUCGAGAAAUGGCAUCGGGUAUUCCCACGGCGGCAUAUCCAUAUAGUGGAUGGAGAUGAUCUAGUCCGAGAUCCUUUCCCGGAAGUGCAACGCAUCGAAGAAUUUCUGGGCAUUGCUCACCGAAUCUCCAAGGAUAAUUUUUUCUACAAUAAAACCAAAGGUUUCUAUUGUGUGAGGAACGAGACGACGGAGAAGUGUCUGAAUGAAAGUAAAGGCAGGCGACACCCCCAAGUCUCCGAGGAAGUUAUUCAUAAACUUCGACAGUUCUACGCUCCUUACAACCGAAUGUUUUUCAGAGCAGCUGGAAGAGAUUUUGGAUGGCCCGAAGAAUGACUUUCCAUUGAUUGUUGUAUAUACAGGUUCAAUGUUACCUCUUCUCUAUUCUCCAAAAAUGUAUCUCUUUUACUCUGGAUUGUGAAGAUGAAUGCUCUAAAUCUUGCUGCACACAGUAAUCGGCUUCUUAUUAGGAAAGAAACAUUGGAAUAGCUUCGGAAGUUAUGAUUAUUUUCGCAAAAGCUGAAAGAUGGUAUCUCUAGAAAGUUACGACGUGUGUUUUGUUCAUUAUGGAGUACUGUUUUCAAUGUGCUAUUGGAGCAUUUGAAUUAUUAUAAACCGUAGUGUAAUUUUUCGAACCGGUUUAGAUUUUCAAAACAUAUCUUCAUAUUUCAAGUUCAUUUCUAAA